AUGGAGUUGUGCAAUGGAACAAGAGCUUAUGGCUAUAAGGAAAAAUUGGACAUGGGACUAAAAAGGGUGUUCAAGGCAUUCAGAAACACAAAACCAUAUUGGUCCCAAAAGGAUAUUCGCAGCAACAAGCUCAAGGAGUUGCUGACUAUUGGUCUUGUAUUGACUCUUCCUGUUGAGGGUGAGGGCUUCACAAUGCAUUCUGACACAUCUCGCAUUGGUGUGCCCCAGAAUUCUAUAGGUGUUGAUAGCAUUUGGGUCAUCAUUAAUCGAUUUACCAAAUCAACAUACUUCCUCCCUAUUCAGUCUCCAUUCAAUUCAAAGAGAUUAGCCCGUAUCUACAUUCAUAAGGUGAUCCAUCUUCAUGUUGUGCUGGUCUCCAUUAUAUCAGAUUGGGGUACUCAAUUUACUUCUUGCUUUAAGCAGAAUUCUCAGGAUGAGUUGGGCACUCGUGUUGACUUUAGCACAGCUUUACACCCACAAAAUGAUGCUCAGUUGGAGAAGUUCGGAGGUCAAGGGGAUAUCUUUUUGCCUUUUACACUAUUUGCAUAUAACAACAACUACCAUUCUAGCAUUCAGAAGGCCUCAUUCAAGUUGCAUCGGUAUGUUCCUAACGAGUCACAUGUGCUUCAGUAUGAUGCAGUAGAAUUGGAUGAUUACUUGACCUUUGUGGAGGAGCCAGUUGCCAUUCUUGACAUAGAUGUGCGGUGA